AUGAUGUGCUAUAAGAUUCUAUUCUGUAUGAGUAUCACCGACCUAAUACAACUGUUUGGUCAUGUCUAUACGGGUAUCUUGUGCAUUUCCAAUCAACGGCCAUCUUAUUGGAGAGAAAAGGUAAGGUAACCAUUUUCUUGUGUUUCUUAUUCUUCUUGUUCUUGUUCUUCUUUUUCUUCUUCUGGUUUUUCUUCUUCGUCUUCUUCUUCUUCUUCUUCUUCUUCUUCUUCUUCUUCUUCUUCUUCUUCUUCUUCUUCCUCUUUUGGCUAAACUACGGUACUGUUACUAAUACAAUAUCAAAAUUUAAACUUUAUUUUUAAAAUUUUAGAUAAUUGGAGGUGCAGCGAACGCCGCAUGGUGCGUUAUGUUGAGUCAGACCAUGGUGUUGGCUUUAAAUCGUUGGAGUGUCAUUGUCAAACACUUUCACAGCCGUGGUAAACAUAAGAAGUACACUUUUAUGGUAUGAACUUACGUUCACAUAAUCUUUUAGGAAUAACUGAGACUAUAUUAUAUACAUAUUAAAAUAGCAUUUUCUGACUCUUGAACUUGAAAUUUAAAACAUUUUGUUUUAUGAACUAAAAUACGACGUAAUUUUAAAAAUUAAAAAAAAACUUUAAAACUAAAUUUUGGUACUAAAUAAUAUGUCUUUUUAGUUCAACACAAUAGCUACAUACGGCUACGGAGCUUCUUUUAUGAUCGUAUAUCUGACUCCUUACUGUGGACUCAAAUUUGUUUCGCCAGGCUAUUACUGGGAGUACUCGGACGAUGCUUGGAGUUUAAUUGUUAGUGAAGUUGAGUUUUAUUCAACCUUAAUUAUCAUAUUGAUUACUCUUUUUGCGUAUGUUUGGAUCGUACUUCACAUUGUUAAUCAGGUAGGUUCUUAUUGUGAAUAGUCUUUGUUAAAUUACAGUUUUACACUGUAGAUUUAUGUAGUUGUGUUACAUUAUUGAUUUGUGUAGUCAUUUUAGCUUGUUCGAAUAAUUGUAGGCCCUAUUUUUAAACCAAUUUUUUAGGCUAGGGCACAUAAACAACCCAAUAGAUUCAUGCACCCAAUAUCUGACAUAUUAUUUUUAAAAUUUCAGAAAAACAAAAUAAUUGACAUAGCCAAUGCCCCAGCCUCAAAGCAAGAAUACAAAAUCCUGUUUCAAGGAAUAUUCUUGUUCUUGUUCGCUUGUUUUCAAAUUAUAAUUUGGCAUUGUGGAGACAUACUGCCAUCUCCAUUGAACGGAAAAUACACAAAUGCUGGCAUUCAUACAGGAUGGGUACUGUUCUGUGGAGUUACACCUAUUCUCAACCUUAUAAUGAACAAGUAAGUUGUCUAAGUGUUUUUAAUGAGCAGCAAAUAAGUUGAAGAAGUGUUACUGCUUAUAAGUUUUGUAUAACGAACAAUUUUUAAAUUUAUAAGUAAUUUGAUAUAUAAUAUGAGAGUCCUACUGUAGACGGAACUGGUAGUGUGUAGAAAAUGAAAAAUAUUUUUUUAUGGCAUUUACUUCCUUUUUCAAUUUUUCAAAAGUACAAGCCAAAUUUUAUUUUUUUAUUUUUAGAGACCUCAGAACCCGUGUGCUACAUGACUUGAAACUUCCACAACAAGCUACGCAUUCUGAUUUCUUCUCAACUAAAGUGCCUUACUUUUCCAAAACUAGUGGGGCAUAUCUUCGAUGA